AUGGUUCGAAUCAGCGUUGCAAGCAAUGGCACCGCGAACCUCGCGAGGAAGGAUGGUGUCUAUGGGAAACACAACGAUGAGAUGCACACUAACGUUCGAACAUUAGAAGUAGAUUUCGAGCUCUUCUUUGGCAUUGUGCCCUCCAAUGUCAAUAAGAGUUUCUCACUAACUCUAUCUGAGCAGAGUUAUCUGCCUAAGGUUGACAACCCUCGUGCCGAUUGGGCAGUAAUCGCGGCCUUCAACUCCUUCCAGGCUUACCAGCGCGGUCAGCUGGGCAAGGUCCAGCGCUUCGCCACAAUCGGUACUGGCUCGGGGACCGACAUGAUCGCUGCACUCGAAACCUUUCCUGAUCUCGAGUUCGGGGCCAUGACCGAUUUGCAUCAGUCUGUGGUUAAUGCUGCUAAGCGGAACGUUCUAAAUGCCACUGAAAAGUCCGCUCCCUGUCGAGCCGUUGCCAAGAGUAUCUAUGCCUCUGCAGGCGAUCUCCUCCUCCCGCUGAGUGGUCAGGAGGCUUUUGACUUAAUCUAUGAGAGCCUCGUCGAUGGCCAAAUGUCGUCGACAUUCAUCGGUGAUCGGACGGCGGAUCGAGUCCCGGCCCAUGUCUCCGAGGCCCUUCUAGAUCUUCACUAUAUCUGCUUAUACCAGGCCAGGGUGACGCGCCUUAUCAAGCCUUCGGGCGCUAUUCUUUCCAGCAUGGGCGGGAGAGUUCCCGUUCAGUCCAUGCUAGACAUGGCUGACGCUGCAGGGUACUCAGGCAGAGUCGUCUCACUGGCGUGGAAGAUCCAGAGCGAGCCGGAGACGGUCAUUAGUGAAUAUGCGGAGAAUCAGAGAAAAGGGUCGGGCAAGAUCGAACAGAAUCUGCACCACCAUCGUUUGGAUGCCGAAGCGGCGCUUGAGCAGCAUUAUGCUGGUAUUGAGAUUGGCCAUACCGUCUAUGUCAUGGCUAGUGUCCUAAAGGGCGCCUCCAACUUUGUUUAA